UCUUUCGAUACUUACGCGUGUUUGUGUUUUUUUUUUUUUUUGCAACCAGCAUCGACGAAAGGACAGCGGAAAAUCGCGAAGGACUGGACGGCCGAAGACAUCCACGGUGGGAACAGCGGUUCAUGUAGAACCCAGGAAUCAUGACGAGAGCGCGCCGAUGCCGAUUUCUUCCGCUCCUCGUGCACAUCCUGAUUGGCGUAUCCCACGGCAUUCAGCAAUUCGAAGAGACGCCACAGUACACCGAGGUGAACCCUGGCCAGGACGCCAAGCUGAUCUGUCGCGUGCUUGGGAAGAGAGGUCAAUGCAUCUGGCAGAAGGAUCAAAAGCCAAUCGGGAUGCACUUGAAGAAAUACGAGUGGGUGGGAUCCCCGGACAUUGGCGACUGUUCGCUGUGGGUCAGAUCCGCCACCCUGGAGUUCGACGACGGACUUUGGCAGUGUCAGGUCACAGCCAGUGACUUCACAACGCAGGACGCGUUGGCAUCCGAACCAGCGAGGCUGGUUGUCAGAGUCAGCCCUCAACGACCGCAGAUAGAGUACGCGGAUCGUCUACUUCUACCCGGCAGCAACGUGACAGCCCGAGCAGGUGAGAUCGCUACGCUCACUUGCAGAGCGCGGUAUGGGAAUCCUUCGCCUCUAAUUAAAUGGUACGUGGGCGAGACCGAAGUGAGGACUCUGAGGCCUCAGGUAAACUCGACGGAGAUAGAUAAUCCCCGCACUUGGGCGACCUACAGCGUCUGCGAGAUUAUGGCGGAACGGUCACGUUACGGGCAGCCGAUUAGGUGUGUUGCCAUUCAUCCUGCGUACGCCAACCCGACCAUGUCCUCCAGCACGGAAGUGAGAUUCGACGUGCGAUACGCGCCCGAAACGAGACUGGUAGGCGUCCCAACCGGCCAGCUGGAAGAGGGUCAAGAUCAGCUGGAGAUACGAUGCCUGGCAGACGCGAAUCCCUCGGCUUCGAUCCUCUGGAGGAGGACGAAGAGCCCAGGCGUGACAGAGGUGGCCAGCAUAGGGGAAACCCUUCUGUUCUCGCCGAUCUACAGGAAUCACGCGGCGGUUUAUAUCUGCGAGGCGGCCAACACAGAGGGUGAAAGCAGCCCCGUGUCCGUUCAAGUGUCCGUUAACUAUCCGCCGACCAUCAGGACGGUCGGGCCCGAUCGACUGACUACAGCCCUGCUCUAUUCUGGAGCCUCGUUCGAGUGCAACGCCGACGCCAUGCCACCGGCCGAAUACAGGUGGGCCCAGAUCUUCACCGACGGUCGGAUGCCAUUGGAGUGCGGGACUGGGCAGCGAUUGAUCCUGACGAACGUGACGUACGAGCAACAGGGUCAAUACAUAUGUCUCGCCUCGAACAAGAUCAAUGGAAAGGUCAGGGAAGUUAAAAGCGACCCUGUGUCUCUGCAGGUGGUCGGCGCGCCCAUGGUUAUGAAGCCGGGCAUAACGGAGAAGUUAGUCGUGGCAACGACCGAGGGGAGCCCAGCAAAAUUAGAGAUCCGACUCUGUUCCGACCCGAAGCCCCGACUCCUGGCUUGGGAAUGGGGCAGCACCAGACUCCACGCCGGUGAGAUGCUGGAAUCCCGGUAUAGGGCGUUGGAUCUAGAACCAGUGGCUAUGGAGGAUUGUUAUAUGGCUGUUUUAGAGCUGAUCAGCACGGUCAAGGAGGACCAAAGACUGUACCACGUGAUCGUGGAGAACGAUCGUGGCAGCGAUCGUCGAACGCUGAUGUUGAGAGUCGACGAACCGGGCCAGAUUCCACUCGUUAUCGGCGCUGUCGCUGGGUUUACGGUGCUCUCGGUCCUGGUAAUGGGAUUCGUUUGUUUCCUACGUUCGGAUAGAUGCUGCGUGGCCAGAAACACGGUGCCGGCGUUGCAGCAAGUGCAUUGCACGAAGGCCUCGAACACGAUGAUCGAGGAUCCACGCCUGGCUGUGGACACGAUGGAACGAGCGAGCCAGCAGUACGCCUCGGAAAAACGACCCAAUCACGUCCUGAAGCCCGUCCCGUCGCAACAGUAUCAACAAGACUGUUAUCAACACGAUCCACCGCACCAGCAGCAACACUAUCAGAGGCAUCAUCACCACCACCACGGGCAACCCCACGGACCACAAUACACGCUUCAGGGGGAGCAGCUGUUUCUCAAACCAGAUCGUUUAGCGACACUGAAGCCCCACUGCAAGAUCGAGAAGCCGCCACAGUACACGACGUUCAAGCCGAGCUCGAACAACUGAAGAUUUUACUGUUUCUAUUUUAUAUUGAUGUACACACGCACACUCGCACGCGCCGUAGGGGAGGAAAGGAGAAAAGAUGAAAAGAAUGUAUUAGGACCGAGAGACUGAACCAGUGGCACGCAAUCAAAACGAGGAGAUCGAUCGUGACUCGUUCCCUCUUCUUCGUUCGUUCGAUUCGGAGAAUAAUUUCGCGGUCGACGACCGGUGAAUCUCUGGUGAAUUUGUCUAUCUUCUUUUUUUCCCCCCCCCUUUUUUUCUUUUUUUUUUCUUUUUUUGUUUAUUUUCACGUUUGCGUCGCGUAAACGCACGAAGAAUGUCGCUCGAACGCACAAGAACAGUGAAGGAUCGGUCGUUGUUCGUAUUAUCGAUGAAACUGAAGGAACGCGACGCCGUCGCCGAUGUUAAUCGAAUAGAUUUCAUAGUGAAGAUAAUUUUCUCGCAAAUAAUACUGCCAGUACCGUUCCGAUUUAAACGAUGAUCUGUACGACGUCAGAACCAAUCAAAAUGAGAACUAUACGAAUCGUAUUUAUAACGCUUACGGUAAUGUUGUUAAUAAAACGGUGAUUUUCAGCAGCUACUGGGUUUUAUUCAUAUUGUACGAAACAGCGAAUAGUUUCUAUUGGUUAACGAGAGAACACUUCUUUUUUCUUUCGUUUCGGCGUAAUUGUUACCGAUAUCAUUGAAAGACUUUCAAUAAAGGAAUUGUGCAAACAUUGUUUGUCGUAUUUGAUUGCAAGUUCCAGUAUGAAUUACACGGUCCGUCUUAAGAUGACAAAUCGAAGCACGUGUACUACGUAUUCCUAAUACUACGAACUAUUGAAAUAUCCUUUGUCGUUUUACUAUCCGAAGUUUACUUUUCAAGAUACGAGCAGUUACAGUUCUAAAAAUUUUAAUUCUCGAAUGAUCGGACGCGCGUUGUUCAGUUUAUGGACCCGGAAACGCUAUAUCUAGCGGCAGCAUCUGAACUAAGGCGCCUGUGCAUAUGCAACCCCCUGUGCUUACUUGUCGAGUAACGAGUAUAUCGUCAGGGGCGUCAGGUAAUUUUUUUUUAUCGGUGUUGAAUAUUUUGUA